AUGCUAAGUCAGAUAAAAGCUGAAUAUAAUGAAGUGGAAAUUAGGAUCGAAGAUAAGCAAAGAGUAGAGGCAAAAGGAGAAGCGAUGGGAAAACAGGCAAAAAGAGCAAGCGGCAGCGAUGGCGAUGGCGAUGGCGAUGGUGGCGUUUCAGAGCUCCCUCAUGACUUAAUCGUCGAAGUGCUCAGAAGGCUUCCGACCAAGUCUUUAAUGUCAGUGCGUGUCAAAGCUCUGGAAAUUGUCAAAAUAGCAGGCCUGAAAGCAAAUUCCUUCCCGAAGGAGCUUUGCUGCAAAUUAAUAGAACCGGUUUUGCAUAUGAAUCCAUUGUCAAUCCAUUCACGAUUGAGGAAUCAGUGCGGUGCAUUCUUCACAAAAUGCUUUGGUUAUGAAGAAUUCAACAACUUGGAAUCAGCUUGCUUCAUAAGACAAAUGGCUGAAGUCCUUGCAAAUCAGGUUCGGGAACGUAUCCAACAGGCUGAUUUCCUUUGUCCAUCUUCUUAA